GAGGGGGUGGCGGGGUUCCUACAGGAUCCGUCCUUCUGUGACUGGCCCAUUUCACUGAGCACAGUGUCCCCAGGGUCCAUCCACGUGGUAGCUGGUGUCAUGACCUCCUUCCUUUUCAGGGCUGAGUGACACUCCCUGUGUGGAGGGACCCCGUUUGGUUUAUCCGGUCCUCUGUUGAUGGACACGGGGUUGUGUCCCCACUCGGCAAUAUGCUGCUGUGUGCGUGUGAGGCCGUGUCUCUCUCAGGCUCGAGGGCCGACUGCGGCCGGGCCCUGCCCUCUGCUCCAGCAGCCUCCAAGCCCCAUGCUCCCUGCUGGCCCCAGUCCAGCCGGAACCUUCCACUCGUUGGAGGACAGUGUGCGUGGGUGGAGAUCCUCCAGCCUGACCCUGUGUAGAGGUUACAUGUCAUUAUGAAAUGAGGGCAAGACAGAAGGGAAUUUGCAAAAAAUGUCUUUAUUCAGCAAAAGAAAGAGUUGCCUACCCUGUAGCCCCUCAUUUUGAAAUUGAUUCUUACCUGCCCAUGUAUUUAAACGUCUGGGAGCCACCAGGCCAACGCCCCCACCUGGGAGUGGGUGCACUGACGCAGGCGAGAGACCGUGUCUGGACUCUGGGGCAGGGCGGCUGGGUGCUGGCUGGGAGGGGCUGGCAGGAAGGCUGGGUUCUGUGGAAGGGGGCACAUGCACCCCAAAUGUGGCAUUUCCUCACAUCCCUCUUCCCCCAGCAGGGCCGGCUCCCGGGCCUCAGGGUCAAGUACGUCUUCCUGGUCUGGCUGGGCGUCUUUGUGGGCGGCUGGCUGGCGUAUGUGCACUACGCAUCCUAUGUGGAGCUGUGCCGCGGGCACGUCUGCCAGGUGGUCAUUUGUGACCAGUACCGGAAGGGCAUCAUCUCGGGUUCCAUCUGCCAGGACCUGUGCACGCUGCACAAGGUGGAGUGGAGGACCUGCCUUUCCUCCCUCCCAGGCCAGCAGGUGUACAGUGGGCUCUGGCAGGGCAAGGAGGUGACCAUCAAGUGUGGCAUCGAGGCGAGUCUCAACUCCAAGGCCGGCUUGGACGCGGCCCCCCGGCGGGAGCUGGUGCUGUUUGACAAGCCCACUCGGGGCACCUCGAUUAAAGAGUUCCGGGAGAUGACCCUCAGCUACCUCAAGGCGAACCUGGGCGACCUGCCCUCCCUGCCUGCGCUGGUUGGACAGGUCCUGCUCAUGGCCGACUUCAACAAGGACAGCAGGGUGUCGCUGGCCGAGGCCAAGUCGGUGUGGGCCCUGCUGCAGCGGCACGAGUUCCUGCUGCUGCUGUCCCUGCAGGAGAAGGAGCACGCGUCUCGGCUGCUGGGCUACUGCGGGGACCUGUACAUCACCGAGGGCGCCCCCCACCGCUCCUGGCACGGGGCCGCGCUCCCGCCCCUCCUGCGCCCGCUGCUGCCCCCCGCCCUGCACACAGCCCUGCAGCAGUGGCUGGGGCCUGCGUGGCCCUGGCGGGCCAAGAUCGCCAUCGGCCUGCUGGAGUUCGUGGAAGAGCUCUUCCACGGCUCUUACGGGACCUUCUACAUGUGCGAGACCACGCUGGCCAACGUGGGCUACACGGCCAAGUACGACUUCAAGAUGGCCGACCUGCAGCAGGUGGCGCCUGAGGCCGCCGUGCGCCGCUUCCUGCAGGGCCGCCACUGCGAGCACAGCGCCGACUGCACCUACGGUCGCGACUGCAGGGCGCCCUGCGACAAGCUCAUGAGGCAGUGCAAGGGCGACCUCAUCCAGCCCAACCUGGCCAAGGUGUGUGAGCUGCUGCGGGACUACCUGCUGCCCGGCGCCCCCGCCGACCUGCGUGAGGAGCUGGGCACGCAGCUGCGCACAUGCACCACGCUGAGCGGGCUGGCCAGCCAGGUGGAAGCUCACCACUCGCUGGUGCUGAGCCACCUGAAGACCCUGCUCUGGAAGAAGAUCUCCAACACCAAGUACUCCUGACGGGCACCCCGGGUCCUACACCAAGGACUCCAGACGGGCGGCCUGGAGUCUGAUGCCAAGGACUGCCGUCCCCUGUCAAGGGGCCGCCUGUGGCCCUAGAGAGCCACCCUUACCCUUGGGGCCGCCUCCAUCUUCACCCGGCCACCAAAGGACAGGGCUGCUCCACCCAGGCCCAGCAGUCCUUACGAUCUCCUGGCAACCAGAACUCGGGCAGGCUCUCGACCCCCCACUUCCCCUAGGGUGUCCCUCUCUUGAGCCCAACAACCCGGACAGAUGGACCACUUGGCUGAAAGGGAGGACAGGAAGGGUGACCCACGCAGGCCAAGUCGGGUUUUGUUACUCUGAAGAUGUGAUGUAAAUAAAUAGCUUUUCUGUUGAG